AUGAACUGGAUGGCGGACGGAGACGACCAACCCUCCCCUCCGUCCCCAGCAUGUAGCGUCAACGCUGGUAUCGACCAUAUGCCCCCAGUCAAGAAUAGACGCAACCGUGAACGGAAUCGCGUGGCGGCACACAAGUGUCGGCAGAAGGCGAAGCAGAGCAUGUCGGAACUGCAGAUACGGGAACGGGAGUUAAGCCAGCAAAAUCGGAUACUUCUAGAGCACGCCGGUAGCUUAAGGGACGAGAUUCUAGAUCUCAAGAAUGAGAUCCUCAAGCACAGUAAUUGCGAUAGCGAUAUUAUCCAGAAUUACAUCUCGCGAGCGGCUCGCGACGUACACUGA